CAUAGUGUAAUAUUGUUGUUUGACAAUUUACAUAUUUUGAUAGUUUGAUAGUGUAAGUUGCUCCUGUAUAUUUUCUGCUGUAGAGUUUAGAUUGUAGUUGUCUGUAACGAUCUUUCAAUAAUUGAUAGUUAUUAAAUAACUGUAUCAAUAGUCAGUAGUUUAAAAACAUUUAACUAUCAAGUGGGUAAUUAAAUUCACUGUCCAAGGUCUUCAUAUUUUCAAUAUGUUUGCCUUGAUGGAGGUUUUGGAAUAAUAUCAUUGCACUGUUGUCAGAACUCUUGCUGUUUAUCGACUUAUUAUAUUAGAUUUUACAGUUCAAAACUACUGUAACUGACCAAUUGUAAUAUUAAUUUGUCCACAUUUAAAUUUAAAUUUAACUACUCCAGCGAAACCAGACCAUGUCUAUAGAAAAAGAAGAGUGCGAACUGGAACAACUGGUGUCUUCUGACGAAGAGCCCAGACCAACUGACAUAGCACAAAUUACACCUCCUAUUACACCCAAGCCUCCCCCAAGAGCACAUUCCCAUUCAGAUAGCAGAACAAAGACUAGUAACGUAAGUGAAAAGUCACUUUCUAUUGAAAGCCAAAAGAACGAAUGCCAUAAAUCUACAGCCAAGUUGUCUAGUACUUCAUCCACACAUCAAGAUAAACUACAAACCCAACCAUCCAAAGACAUAGGGGGUCCAACUCGCCUAAUGUGUGUUAACGAGAGAUUAGGACGCAGUUCUCUUCAUGACUACAAACCACCACGACCGCCACCUCCAAAUUUUAGUAAAUUGCAAAACAAAAAAGUACUCUCUGAACAAACUAUGGAUAGAAGUUGCCUACAUCAUUGUUUUUUGUCAGAUGUGACCGAUGUCAGACAAAUGGAGCAAGCCCUACAACAACUACUAGAAGAUUUUCACUCUGGAAAAUUACGUGCAUUUGGUAAGGAUUGCAGUAUGGAACAAAUGACAGCUAUUCGUGAGCAACAAGAACAUUUAGCAUGGUUACACUUUGAACUUGGUGUGAGACAAGACGGAUCAAAUCCCCUCAGCGAACAAGGCAUUGCAAAAGGCACAGAAAACAUGCACUCCCUAAUGGCUAGCCUAGAACAGCUGUCUUUAUCCAUUGAAAAAUUACAUUCGUUUAGUAAUUCAACAUCCGAUUGAAAUUUAAAGCACAACAUGUAUAAACAACUGACUUUUAUUGGUACUUGGGAUCAUUGACAAUAUAAUAUAAUGAAUGGGAUUGUACAAAAGAUAAUAAUAUUGCUCAUUUAUUCAUUCCAUGAACACUUUUACCAAUUAUUAAUGUUUUUUUUUUCUUGUUAAGUUAUUAAAUAAAUAUAGUGAAUUUUUA